GGGGAGGGAGGGAGGCCUCAGGCUCUGUGAGCAGCAACCUCUUUAUAUCAGUGUGGAAUAGAUGGAUUCAAUGGUGGGAAGUUUGGUGUGUGUGUGUGUGAUGUAGUGGGUUACUUCCGCAACUCUGCAAUUACUUGGGAAGAGCUGUUGCCCAAAGAUCCUAAAGCUUGCUAUAGAAUCUUUGCUGUUGCCCAAAGCAAGCUGUGUGGGUACAACGUUGAAAGCUGGUAGAGUCAUUGCAGAUGUACUGCAUUACUGUAGGUAAAAUGCAACGGGAUUCAAUUAUUCAAUAAGCAAGUAACCCGCGUGUAAUUCAGCAUCUGCCGUUCUUUCCUACUGAAUUACUGCAGUCUCUGAGGACGCUGGGGCUUUGUUUGCUUGUCUCACUGCAAUUUGUGUUCAUUUCCCGGCAUAGAGCUGCAGCUGGAAUGAUCACUGGUGAUGUGGAGGUGACUGAGGGUAUGAUGGCACAAAGUGACAGGCAGAGUGCAGAAGACCCGUUGCCGUCCGUGCUGUGGGGGUUGGAUCCAGUUCAUGGAGUGUUUGCUAAACUCUACAUCCAGGACAUCCUUCAACUCAAGAACUCUCUGCAUGUUCCAGGAAUAUUUUUCUACGGAACGCAUCCCAUCAGCAGGGUGGACAUCCUGGGCACCGUUGUCCAGAGGCAGGAGAAGGAGAAGUUUUACGCUUUCGGAGUGGAUGACGGGACCGGUGUCAUUAGCUGUGUGUAUUGGAAGAAGCAAAUGCCAGCACAAGUCACAAAAACAGCCUCGCCCCCCGGAGGCCUGAACCUGCGGCAGCAGCUGAGCCGGCUGGCCGGCCUGGAAGAGGACAAGCGGCGGGUGGAGCUGGGAGAUGUGGUGCGUGUGCGGGGUCGUGUGCGGGAGUACAGGGAGCAGCGAGAAGUCAGCAGCAUCAGUCUGGUCAAGGUGUCCGACCCUGUGUUCGCUGCACAAAUCUCACGGAUGCUGGAACUCCCUCACCUUUACCGGAGCUUCUACGAUAAAACGUUUCGAAUUCCAAAGGAUGGAUGCGAGGCAGAUGAACAGGGGGCCCUCAUCCUGUCCCUGCAGAGCAAGAUCAAACAAUUUCUGGCUCAGAACCAAGUGAAGAACUUCUACCAGCGAGAGCUGGAGACCAUCGACUCGUUGUCCUGCAUCGCUCGGCAUGACCGAGAGGGACAGUGCGACCAGGACUCUGCCCUCAGCCCAGCUGAGACCCUCACACAGGAGCCCAUCAGCUCGCCUUGUGUGUCCAGGCAGAUUCAUGCGACUUUUCAAGAGGCUGUUUCCGCUCUACAAGAGGAGGGGGUCAUUUUCCAGAAAGUGACUGGACCCAACGAGUUAUACCUGGUGACUGACGAGGAAAAGCAGCUACAUAACGUGGCGCUGGAAAUCAUCCGCGAUGACUGCACACAACCAAAAUACAUAGAGAGGGGCUGCCCUUUCCGUCACAUUCUGAACUGCGUGCGGCAGUGCUAUGGUGCGGGGGUUACCGAGGCCACGCUCCAGAGGCUGCUGGACAUGCUGGAGUGUGGCAGCCAGAUCGUCAGUACGAUGGACAGAUUCUACACAGCCUGCUGACCGCACUCGGACACCCAGAGCUCCUGCUCUGGACACUGCUGAACUGACCCAGGUUGGCUCUGGCCCUGAGCCCUGCGGCAUGUGGAGAGGUGUGUGACGAUGUAGCUCUCAUCACACGGUGGCAUCAAAUUUCCACCACCAGGAAAUGGACUGGAGCUUUGACUAGAUUUAUUCACCAUUUAUAAAAUAAACUAUUGCAAGUACUUUACCUAA